CUACCUCAAUAGAGGUGAGAGGACCCUAAGAGAACGCUGCUGAAUUCAAAUUUCAAAACAAACUUCAACUGUUGAUUCAACAUGCAAGUGUUUAUUUUACGCUAGUUGGUAGCAUUUAAAGGCACGAUCGCACGUAGGUAAGAACCUAAAAAGAUGGAUCCAGAGGAAAAGCACAAAUCUGUUCCCAAUUCUAGAGUUACGGGGUCUGUUCAGCUGCCGAAGAUUGAAGAUUUCCUUAGUUUGAAACCUAUCAGCCGCGGUGCUUUUGGCAAAGUUUACCUUGCACGGAAGAAAUGCAACUCCCGAUUAUAUGCCAUUAAGGUCAUGAAUAAAGCGGACAUGGUCGAUAAAAACAUGACGGGCCAAAUGAAAGCAGAGAGAGAUGCACUGGCUUUGAGCAAAAGUCCCUUCGUGGUUCACCUGUUUUAUUCUCUCCAGACAGCCACCAAAAUCUACCUGGUGAUGGAGUACCUCAUUGGAGGAGAUGUGAAGUCUCUCCUUCACAUUUGUGGAUAUUUUGACCAGGACAUGGCAGUCAAAUACGUCUCAGAGGUUGCACUUGCUUUGGACUAUCUCCACCACCAUGGCAUCAUCCACAGGGAUCUAAAGCCAGACAACAUGCUCAUUUCCAAUGAGGGCCACAUUAAAUUAACCGACUUUGGGCUGUCCAAGGUGAAAUUUGACAGAGAACUGAAACUGACUGAUAUCCUAAACACCCCCUCCGUGCACAAGCCCACAAAUUACUCCCGCACGCCAGGUCAAGUCAUGUCCUUGAUCAGCUCAUUUGGUUUUAACACCCCGGCGGCAGAAACUAAACGCCACUGCAGCACUUCGGCCGUCUCCUGUGGCAAAAUGACGCGGACGAAUAACUCUCUGGGCUCCCCGUCUCUGAUGACAAAGGAGACCAUGAGCUCCCCAGCGCACCCCCCCUGGAAAAAAGGGCUGUGCAGCUUCAUGUUCAGCCCGCAUAACCUGGGAGUCAAUCUGACGCCCUCGCUGUUGAAAACCAGGAAGCGCUUCGAGACCAUGAGUGCGGACAGCACCACCGACACGGAGGGAGGCAUCAGCCCCCUGUGGGAGUUUGAGGAGAAGGAAAAUGAGCCAAACAAAGAGAAGACAAGAGGACAUUUGGAGUCCCCUGUGAAGCUCCACGCGUGCGGCCAACCAAAAACUGGUCCUCGGACCACCCCGGUGCCACCAGACCUUCCGCCGUCGUCCAAACGGCCAUUUUCCGACGUGCAGGUUAGCCCCGAGGCAGUGGAGAGCCUCGCUAAGAAGAGCAACGAGCACUACAAACGAUGCUACCACGUUCCCGACGAGACCUUCGCCGUUCACACCGGCCUCACCGGAGCCUUCUCCGGUGUGGGGAUCACCAUCGCCAGCGACAACGGCGCCCUCUCCCUCACGCGCUCCAGUCCGGUCACGGUGGCCAAGAGCCUCUUUUCCGAAAUGGGAGAAUCGGCGCUAAAGUGCAGCUUCACGUCGCCGCUGGGCAGCAGCGGGGUUUGCCGCAGUUUGAGUCUGGACUCUGACGUCUCCAGCGGUGAAACCUCGCCCACAACCGACAGCCAUAAUCCAGCAGACCACAUCAGAGCUGCCGAAAAUAGCGCCUCACCUUCCCCCGAGAAAGGCGCCGCGUCGUCCCGUCGCCAGACCCGCUGCUCUUCCUCAUCGCCCCGCGCCACGACAACACCGGUGUCCCUCGGCCGACCCGAGUGCUCCUUCCUGCGGCCCAAGAACGUGGUGGCGUUCCGGAGCUACUGCAGCUCCAUCAAUCGCUCCAAUGUGUCGAGGCUCAGCGUAGGUUCCGCCUUGGACGCGUCUUCGCCCGCCGUCUGCCUCGCCACACCGGUUCAGAGGAGGAUCAGCUCUGGAAGCUCGCUCUACCAGACUCCUCAGACCAUGUCCACCUCGCACACCCCUUACCGUACUCCCAAAAGUGUGCGACGGGGGCCGCCGCCCGCAGAGGGGGCGCCCAUUUUAGGGACUCCGGACUAUUUGGCCCCGGAGCUGCUUUUGCGGGCCUCUCACGGGAGGUGUCGAUGCGACUGCAUGGUGGACUGGUGGGCGCUGGGCGUGUGCCUGUUCGAGUUCCUCACCGGCGUGCCGCCCUUCAACGAUGAGACGCCGCAACUGGUCUUUGAGAAUAUUCUCAACAGAGACAUCCCCUGGCCCAGAGGAGAUGAGGAGCUGUCAGACAAUGCCAGGAACGCCAUUGAAAUCCUCCUGACCAUGGAUAAGACCAAGCGGGCGGGAUUUAAAGAGCUGAAACGCCACCAGUUGUUCGAGGGCUACGACUGGGAGAACCUUCACACGCAGCCCAUGCCUUUCAUCCCGCAGCCGGAGGAUGAGACGGACACAUCCUACUUCGAGGCCAGGAACAACGCGCAGGACAUCGUCGUGUCAGCCUUCAGUUUCUAGUCAAGUCAAAACUCAUUAUCGUUAACUACAGUAAAGUGUCCUCCCAAAAAAAAAAAGUUUUAUGUGCAAUAACUACUUAUUUGAUGGAGGUAUUGUCUUUUUAUGUCAUGGAACCUGAUGUUUUUCAGCUUUCCAUUCAAGUAUUGUUUUGGUUUUUUUUUCUUUAGUGGCAUUUGUUUUAAGUUAGUAAAGGCGGCGCUUCCCAAGAACGCUAAUAAUAUAUUCAACAAUUCUGUAUUUUAUGUGUCAAGUGUUCUUGUUAAGAUGGUCAAUGCUGCUUCCAAAUACAAACCUGCUGCUUUUAUUGUAAGUAUCCAUUGAAAGAGAAAAGCAAAUAAAAUAUAAAAACAGAAAGGCUGCCCUUCUGCAUCAUUAAAACAACAACAAAAAGAAAGCCAUUAAGUUGUGCCUUAUGAAACUUUUA